AUGAAUCAACGAACAACUGCUGCAGUUCGAACACCAGCCGGAUGUACAACACCGUUCGAAGUUUUAACUGGAGUAAGACAAGGGGCAGUGGCAGGACCCUUCCUGUUCAAUUCCGCCAUCGAUGAUGAGUACGCCGCCGAUGUUGUUAUAUUCGUGGAAAGCAGUACGAAACUUCAACAUGUUGUAAACCUUGUAUCGAAUCUUGCAGCCUAUGGACUACGUCUACGCCCUGUUAAAUGCGAGCAGAUGUGGAUCUCUCCGAGACCUCGAAGGGGAAUCAGGGUGGACGGACAACCGAUAGAACUCGUCGAUGAGUUCUGUUACCUGGGCUUUACGCUGAAGAACAACGGCAGCUACGAGAGAGAUGUUCAGCAAAGAUGCGCUAUGGCCACUUCUGCAUUUAACUCGAAAUGCCUGUGGUCGACCCCCCUCACCCACGAAAUCAAGCUGAGACCGGCAGAUCGCCUUGUUAAACGAGUUCUGAGGAGUUUGUCGGGUUCGAGCUGGAAGAAGCCACCUGGACGAAAACGAAAGUUUUGGACUGAGAUGGUGAAAAAGGAGCUGAGGACACUUGCCGUGGCUAGGCAGUUCAGGCGAGACGUCGAGAAGGUUGGGCAGGGCUGUGUUCAAGGACGGCAAACCUCAGCGAAAAUGCGGGUAAUUGCGCCAGGCGAUGACAUCAGCCCGCCGAUUAAGUCAAAGAUAGACUUGCAGGAAGUGAUGUGGCGGCAAUUGAGAGGACGCCGAUCGUCUGAUAUCCAACGUGUCAGCCAAAGGGAAUACGUACAUAUUGUCAUUCGCAGGCACAUGGCAUGUUGGAUGACGCUUUUUGUCUUAAAAUAA